UAAGGUAAUGUGUUGACCAUUUAAAAAAUUAUCCUCUCUCAUAUAUGUAUCAUAAGCCUGGCUGUACUUUGUUUUUUUACCAUGCAAUUUUUUAAUUACUAAAUAUAAAUAAACAUUAAAUGUUGGUACUGCAUUCGCGCCAGAAUUUUUUUAAAACUUAAUUUCCAUUAUUUUGAAAGAAAUGUGUUAUUUAUAAAAGUAUCGUUGUUUAUAUAGCUUGUAGGGGACAUGCUUGACAUUUUUUUAAAUAAUGGACAGCAGGCUUGGCAACAAAUCUGCGAACUGCAGGCAGCGCACAGCGCAUCCAAUAAGGUCAUUGCCAAACGGGCCGAGCUCCUUUUGUGCACAGUCCACAUCCCCAUCGUUUUUUGCACCGAGUCCGAGUCCGAAAACGAGACCGAGUGCAGCGAAAGCGCUCCGACUUCGGACUUGGGAAGGCACUCGUGUGGCAACCAUCGUCCAAGGCGCACGGCACGCACGCAGAGCUGCCGGAUCAGAUAGCUGUAGCCAUAGAGCCGUAGCUAUAGAGCUUUUGGGGCAAGAGCCGAGCCCCCGGACCAAGCCCAGACCUGCUGAUCCAUCCGCCGCUUAGUUUGGGGCACGCACGCAGCGCACAUGGUGGAGGAGAUUGGCUGCCAGAAGCAGACGGGCAUUGUGGUCGCCAUGCCCAGCCAGGUUGCAUCGAGCACCGGAACUCCUACCCCAGCCACCGGCGUCAUUCAUCAUCACCAGCAACAGCAGCAGCAACUCCAGCACCAGCAUCAGCAGCAGCAGCAGCAACAGCAGCAUCAACAACAGCAGCAUCAGCAACUCCAACAUCAACAGCAGCAUCAGCAGCAGCAGCAUCAGCAGCAUCAACAGCAGCAACAUCAACAACAUCAGCAACAACAGCAACAACUGUCUAGCAACAUGAGCCUGCUGACCGUAAAAGGCGGUCGCUAUCUUUGGACCGAUCGCGAGCUGUUGAUGCACCUCCAGAACUACACUCCCCUGAUCCUUCUCAUUGACUUCGUGGAGAAGACCCGUACCAAGCGAUUCUAUGAGAGCUCCGAGCGCUACGAGAUCCUCAUGUUGGUCUUUAUUAUGCGAAAGGGAGCGCCGUUCUGCGAGAACAAGCGCUUUCCGGCGGAGUACUGGGUCAAUCUGUCGGUGGGACCAAUCGCCGAGGCCUUCGACCGACUGCAGGCGGCCAUUGACAUCCCGGAUCCCCAGCUGCCGAUACACAUGAGCGUCACGGACCUGACCAGCUGGAAGCAGAUGUUCGACCUGGCCAUGCUGGACAUCAGGCGGUUCGCGUACUACACCGAUCCCUUGCAGCUGGCCGACGCAGGUGUCUUCAAUCGGAUCACCUUUGAGCAGCGGUUCGGAAUGCAGUGGCAGGAGUAGUAUUUUUAGCGGAUCUCGUACAGGCUGCUGGAAGUAUGUUGCGGUAAAGAGGAUAAGGGCACACCCCUGCACCAACACUAUUUCCGUUAUGAUGUUUAACCCAUGUUAGCGAUUUCCCCUUGGCGGUCUUAGGUUGUUGUAUUAUUUUUAUAAAAUUGCCAAGACGACGACAAAAUACGAUUGCAUUCAGGCAUUGUAUAUACUGCUGCCAAUAGUUUCAGGACUACUUUAACUAAGAUAAACAAAAAGGAUACGCCGUUUUCUGCACCGAGUUAUUUGUUGCAACAAUCCCUACGUAGCGAAAUCUACUGUGCCUUCUCCGACACCCCGGUACACAUCCUUCCCAGUUCCC